UUCAUCCGAACCCAUGUAACAUGCGUUGGUAUUUGGUAAUGGUCUGCUUUCGAAAGAUUCAGGGCUUUCGGCUUUGUAUUAUAAUUAAUAUUUUUGAUUUUUAUAUGGUUUGCUAUUGUUUUUUAGCUGCGAGGUUUCUAGCAAUGCAAGUCGCAGUAGUCUUAGUUUGAAUUUGUUAUUUUGUGUAUGAGCACUGAAGCAGUAUGCCGCAGCUUACGCGAAUUCUGCUGGAGUCUGUCCGACCUAGAUAUCAUUUCAAACGUAACUGGUUUCGCUAUGGUCAGAAACAAGAACUGCCACCACCUGAAAUCCCUCGAGCCUACGUCGAACAAGGUAUACCGUUGAUAAACGCCGCUGCAGAACAGAAGCAGCACGAGAAGUUCGUGGAGGACUACUGCGAAUGGGAGCCCGACCAUCCCAUCUUCAUCGGGCCGCCUGGUAAUACACCCAGGAACCCGCGCUGGAAAGACCAGUCUGUGCGCCUGUACGAUGGGUCCAAUCAGCUUCUGGAAGGCAUCGAGCAGAUGCAGAUUAUCACCAAAACCGUGGUCACGCGCGGUGUGCCGUCAGUAUGGAAGCAGCUGGAACCCUUGGUGCGUCCGUAUCAUCUUCCCGACGAAGACGAGCGGAUGAGGCGAUAUGUGAUGCAGUCUGUGCGGUGGGAUCCCAGUAUUGAUAGAUUGCCUACGCGUGCUCUCGUAUAUACUCCUUUCCGCCCGAUUUAUUAUGGGAUUACACUGGAACGAUCCAGCCGACUGCUAGCGAACAAUAUGCUUCGCUUGACAGAGAUGUCAUUUGGUGGAAAGCACGAUCUGCGACGGCGACAAGUCAUAAGGAAUGCACUGUCGCAGGUUACAUGGGCACGAGGAGAGGAUCGCAUUGCUUUUGAUUGCAAUAAUGACUUGUUGAUCUCUUCGGAAAAACCACUGCACCCAUUCGCCACAACGGAAGAAGUGGGUAAAACCUCCAACAUCGCUCUACCUUCGAUUUUCCCCCUCAAGUUCAACAUAUCUCUGGAUGAAGUGAAUGUGUACGACUGGGAAAACAGACACCCGUUUACCGAUGAUUGCCCAUUUGGCGUGCCACAUACCAUCUUUGUUCUGCAUAAUGACACAACGCUGGUUGAAGUUGACGCGUGGACUCAUUCUCAGAUGCAUGCCAAAGCGUUGGGACACUGCUAUGCCACAUUGGCUGCCUACGCUAAACGACUUUAUGGAGAAAAUGUCAAGGAGCUGCCGCAGCCUUUAUCUGUUCAGUGUGUGUACGCCUUCCGGGGGCGACGGUACUUUUUCUAUGCUUUCCAGCUGAAUACACUGGCCAUCGACCAUCUGGAUGGCAUCAAGAAUCAGUUGUGGAUUGAUGCCAGCGAACGUGUUGAGCAGAAAGACGAUGAAGUAAUUCGCGAAGAGAUGCCGUAUGCGAUGUUUAGGCUGGCUGACCAGAUGCAGGGAUUGAUGGGAUACCAAAUUUACAAAGAGAAAAAGCAGGAGCCCAGGUAUCCCAUACGAUUGCUAGAUGUCUACCACCCGGAAGUGGUUAACAAAUUCUUUGUUUUAUAUGCUAAUCAGCUACAUUUAACUGAUCAGAUUGCGUCGUCUUCCGAGUCCUUGAAUGCGACCGCGUGAAAAGUUUUUUGUUGUUUAUAAUGACGUGUUAAUUGAACGUUUUUAUGACGCUUGUCGAUAACGCAACUCGCGUGGCGUCCCUGACCGGGAAUGUAUCUCCCCUGGGCAUGAAAUGUUCAAAUAUAAAUUUAAAAAGAAUGA